AGCUGUACCAUGAAAGCGAUGCUCCCUCUUCUUCAUAUCCGAGAUCUAUACAACUAUCUAUCAUGAAUGAAUGGAAUGGAUUUACAAUGCGGUGAUAGUCUGAUUUAGCAGUAUAUAUAUAUAUAUAUAUAUGGGGAAGAGCGGCGGCGAGAUCGUGGAGGUGGAGGGCGGCCACAUUGUGAGGGGGAGCGGCGGCAAGGACCGGCACAGCAAGGUGUGCACGGCCAAGGGCCCCAGAGACCGCCGCGUCCGCCUCGCCGCCCACACGGCCAUCCAGUUCUACGACGUCCAGGACCGCCUCGGCUACGACCGCCCCAGCAAGGCCGUCGACUGGCUCAUCCACAAGGCCAAGUCCGCCAUCGACCGCCUUGCCCACCUCCCGCCCUGGCACCCCACCGAUGUCGGAGUAUGGAGCCUCAAAGGAAGUAAAUCAGUCCAUGACCACGACGAGUGCGAGGGCCGGCGCUAGUAUGUUGGUUCCACAUUUGUACCACCGUCUUUGGACUCUGACGCCUUUUUCCCCGAGGCCAGCUUCGCAUCGUCCGAUUUGAUCCCGAGAAACGGCCGGGAUUUGAGGCUGUCUCUUCACUCAUUCCAAGAUCCAAUACUCCAGCAC